GCGGUGGGCGGGGCACGGCCGUGGGGGCUGUCACGUCACUGUCGGCGCCGCUCCCGCCGCCCGCGGACGCGCCGGGGUCCGGAAGCGCGGAGGGAGUUCCGGGGCUCCUAGGGUGGCGCAGGUGUGGGGCUCCCGCCUCAUCUCCCUGCCCAUUCAUGGCGCACAUCACCAUAAAUCAGUACUUGCAGCAAGUACAAGAAGCCAUUGAAACCAGAGAUGGGACAUUUUGUGCUGAAUUAGUAUCAUUUAAACAUCCACAUGUUGCAAACCCAAGGCUGCAGCUUCCAUCUCCAGAGGAAAAAUGUCAACAAGUUUUGGAAUCACCAUAUGAUGAAAUGUUUGCAGCCCACUUAAGGUGUACUUAUGCUGUUGCCAACCAUGACUUUGUAGAGGCAUACAAAUGCCAAACAGUUAUUGUCCAAUCCUUCCUGCGAGCAUUUCAGGCACAUAAAGAAGAAAAUUGGGCCUUACCUAUUAUGUAUUCUGUAGCCCUUGAUCUUCGAAUUUUUGCUAAUAAUGCAGAUCAACAGCUUGUGAAGAAAGGGAAAAGCAAAGUUGGUGACAUGUUGGAAAAAGCAGCAGAACUGCUGAUGAGCUGCUUUCGAGUGUGUGCCAGUGACACUCGAGCAGGCAUCGAAGACUCAAAAAAAUGGGGCAUGUUGUUUCUUGUGAAUCAGCUGUUUAAAAUUUAUUUUAAGAUCAACAAGCUCCAUCUCUGUAAGCCCUUAAUUAGAGCAAUUGACAGCUCAAAUCUGAAGGAUGAGUAUAGUAUGGCACAGAGAGUUACCUACAAAUACUAUGUUGGACGCAAGGCCAUGUUUGACAGUGACUUUAAGCAAGCUGAGGAGUAUCUGUCAUUUGCCUUUGAGCACUGUCACCGAUCAAGCCAGAAGAACAAAAGAAUGAUUUUGAUCUACCUGCUGCCAGUGAAAAUGUUGUUGGGCCAUAUGCCAACAGUUCAGCUCUUAAAAAAGUAUGACCUUAUGCAGUUUGCCGAAGUAACAAAGUCUGUGAGUGAAGGAAAUCUUCUUCUACUGAAUGAUGCUCUGACAAAGCAUGAGACCUUCUUUAUUCGAUGUGGAAUCUUUCUUAUCCUUGAGAAGCUGAAAAUCAUCACUUACAGGAAUCUCUUCAAAAAAGUAUAUUUACUACUCAAAACUCAUCAGCUAUCUCUAGAUGCUUUUCUGAUUGCUCUGAAGUUCAUGCAAGUAGAUGAUGUUGAUAUUGAUGAAGUCCAGUGUAUUUUAGCUAACCUUAUAUAUUUGGGUCACAUCAAAGGCUACAUAUCCCAUCAGCAUCAGAAGCUUGUGGUCAGCAAGCAGAACCCAUUUCCUCCACUGUCAACAGUGUGUUGUUGAGUAUUGCAUCUUAGCCAUGCAAUUCUCUUCAGAUACUCAGCUUGCCCAGUGGAACUGCUGCCAGUGACCCCAAGAACACUGUAAAUGGCCUGGUUCAUGUCCAGGACUGAAAUACCAGGAACUGUUUGUGGCUCCUUUCCCAGAAUGGCCAAGGCUGCCGGUGUUACAAAGUGCAUUGAAAUGAAAUGCUGACUUUUAAAUGGCAGUUUCCACAGGCUUUCUAGAUCAUUCAGAGUAUUUAAUGAAGAAAUAAAGCAAAAGCAUUCCAAAUUCCUUCCAAACUACUUAAAGCUUUUAUAAAGUACUUCAUGUUACUAUUUCUGUGUUUAUCCUUCAGAAAGAAGGAUAGCCUUUGUUACUUGUGUUAAUCCAUUCUUCAGAGUGGAAGUAAUGUUUUCUUACAUGGUUUCCAAUUUUUUUUAAGUAUCAAUAAUUUUGCUGGUAUUAAAUACUCUGUUCAAACUGUCUCUAAAAAAUGGGGAAGUGUUUAAUACCAAAAGCUUUGCUGUGUCAGUAGUACUUAUGUGUUUGAGUAAAUGUGGUAGGUGUCCACAGAUGGCUUAUUCUGGUCAUAUUUUGUUUAAUUUUUGUUAUGAUGAACAAAAACUCAUGCAACUCUGUUUUAUUUUGCUUCUGGGAAAAACACUACCACUGGAUCCAGUAUUUUAAGUGUUACUAUCCUGUCACAACCUGGGGGUUGGUUGCUUUGUUUGGGAGUGGUACAAUAUAACUGAUAGAGAUCAUAGUUUUGGGGUUUUAAAAUUAUUUAUAAAAUAAAUAAAAUACACAUUUUUUUUCUGUCUUGGAUUUUA